CUACACACACACACACACACACACACACACAGACCGAGUCGCGACACACAGCAGAGCCGCGCUGCCCGCUGGCCGGAUGGUUAAAUCCAACCUCCAGACGAUCCUGAACAGCCACUGUUUCGCUAGAGAGAAGGAGAGAAAUAUACCCGAGAUGCCAGUAGUCGGAGUCACUCACAAUAAACCCGAGAUCAAGAGUCCCAGCAGGUGCCCUCGGUGUUGCAGUAACCCGUGUCCGGGGCCUCUGUGGUGUUCCGAUGCCCCUCUCCCACCCCUAAAGAUCCCAGGUGGGCGAGGGAACGAUCAGAGGGAUCACAAUCUUUCAGCUAAGUUAUUCUAUUCUGACACUCAGUUGCUGGUCCUUGAAGAGCCUUCACCUUUGAACAGCCGUGUGCGUUUUCUGCUCUUUGAGCGGCGUAGUUCUGAAAUCAAGCCUGUAGUGUGGAGGGGGUCGCUGGUCGGGGUUAGGCUUUACGUCGAAAUCCCCCCGGGAGCUCUUCCUGAAGGAAGCAAGGACAGUUUUGCACUCCUGCUCGAGUUUGCAGAGGAGAAGCUUCAGGUUGAUUACGUUUUCAUUUGCUUCCAGAAAAAUCGUGACGACAGAGCAUCGCUGCUGCGGACGUUCAGUUUCCUGGGCUUUGAGAUUGUGAGACCGGGUCAUUCACUUGUUCCAUCCCGACCUGAUGCUUUCUUCAUGGCUUACAGCAUUGAAAGAGAAUUGGACAAUGAUGAAUAAUACUCAAUAAACCAUCACUUCAGUGCUUUGUGCUCAUUCCCUCUAAUUUUUCACCAGUAAAAGAAUCCUAAACCCUUUCUGUGACAUAGAUUGAUGUUUCCUAUGAAUUCUUUAGUAGUUUUUAUAAAACUGGUGCUGUAUGUCAGUUUGCAUUAGCGAUGUUUCCACUUUAAAUCAUUAGGUAAUCACAUUCCCACACACUGCUCUUUAUAGUCUAAUAUUUAUGGCUAUGAUUCCCUUGCAACAACUGUAUGUAAGUAAAUUUGUUUCCUUCCUGAUUUUUACAUUUAUAUUGAUUUUUUUUUUUCCUCUUAAUGUGUGCAUGACUCCUAAUUUCUUUUUUCCUAAUUUCUCCAAGUUCAAUUGAACUGAUGUUGCAUUUUGCAUGUUGUAAGAGAGUGGAGAAUAAAUUUGGUCACCCUGUG